AUGCUUGCUCCGCAGUAUGCGGACCUGGGCGAGCUUUCCGGCGGCCCUGCCGUGAAUGCUGCGCUCGGCUCGAGGUUUGUGCUUUAUUCCUGGUCUCUCAUCUUCAAUCUCGAGGAAGAGGACGAGGGAGAGGAGCCACCAGCUCGGCCCACCCCAACCCCACGCUAUGGAGGAACUGGAAAACACCCGCUGAGGAAGCCCAUGCCUGCCAAAGCUGAACUCGCACAGCUUAUAAGGUCUCGGAGAAACGAUGUGCCUUCACCUCCACCUCCAAAACCUUUCAACCCGGCCAAGCUGCGGGCAAUUGACAAGAAAGCGAGCUUGGCGUUCUCGCUCGAUCUGCCUCGGUUGAGUCGUGACUUUCUGCAAUUGAAAUGGGCCCAUCUCGAGGACCAUAUCCUGCAAUGCGCGGCGAUUUACACGCAGUUUCAGACAGAGUACCACGAAGUCCUUUCGGCGCUGGUCGCCCAGAUCGAGGACCAGGUACUGCAGAGCAGCGUGGAUUGCCGAAGUCUGGAAGACCAAUAUUGCAGGGUUGCGUUCCGCCAGGUUCCAGAUCUGACCAAGGAUGUAUCACGGGCUAUCCGUAAUAUCACCAAGCUACGAUUAAUGGCAUACAACGAGCUGGUAAUGCAAUCGCAGCGUGCUGCGCAGGAUCUGCGAAACCAGCUCCAAGAGGAGUUCAUCCGUCCCCGAAAUGUCGCAAGGCGCAAGAUCGAUGGACUUCUUGAUUACUCCAUAAAUCUUGGGAUGGAAUACAACAUCUUAAAAGAAAAAGACAGAACUGUCAAGCAAGACUUGCUUGAGAUCGCACAUGACUGCCGUCUUUUAGGGCCGAAUUUCAAAAAACACGAGGCUAAGCUCAGAUAUCAUUUGUACGAAUACUCUACUGCGGCGCACUUUCAUCGCCGUGCCUGGUCCUAUCGCCGGAAAAGGCUCAACCCUCUCAAGGCGGCAGAGCUGUGGCCAAUAACCCACUCACCAGCUGAGUUACCUCCUGCUCGCUUGCAACCAAUCCCCGCCAUUUUAUUUGAUGAUAAAGAAUACCUUCCUGUACGGCGAAAGCUUGAGAAGCGUCCUCUUUUACAUGCAAGUCGUAUUCGAAUGUUGUUCAUGCGUAAAUGGAAACCGGGAAUAUCCGCCCAAUCACCAGAACUUGACUUGCAUUGGCGACAGCUCGAUAUCAUGGCACCUUUCUUCCUUCAGUUGAAGCAUUUUGAUGUUCUGUAUCAGGAAGCUCGUUAUCUUCUGGGUAGUCUUGCUGGCCAGACAGGACCAUUGUGGUCUAAUAUCGAACCGAACAGAAUGGAUGUUCACAAGACAGCCUUGUACAAACUUGUUGGACGAAUUCGGGAAAGUCGAUUUGAUCUGAUGGCGGAGCUCGAGGCAUAUAGAUAUAUCAACUGGAUUCGUAUUGGACUAGAGAGGAAACUGUCUGAUAAGAAUCUGCCCAAUGUGAUCCAAGGUUCUUUCGUGGUGCGGAACCCGUUGAGCAAUAAUCUCCGGCUUUUUGGGGACUGGACUCGAAAUCUUGCCUCGUUGAUCCAAGACUCCUGGAUCACUCGCAAGGCCAUUGAGCUGAGCGAAGGCUCCGUCCAAACUGGCCUGAUGUGGACGAAGUUACUGCGGGAUCUCGAAGACAUUGAAAGGCGACAAACUAUUGAGAAACGUGCCGAGACUAUGAAUUUGGGCUUCGUUCAUGUCCAACGCAGGGGAAGAACUCGCCCUACAUUGCCUACAAAGGAGCAAAAAAAAGCCCCCCCUGCAGAAAUGAAGCCAUGGCCCGUUCAAAAAAUGAAAGUCGAAGAUGCUGCUGCGGCCAAGAACCCGUUGAAGAAACCGGGAACGCCAGUCAAGGAUCCUAAGGCAGCACAGAAGCUACGGGAAAUCCAAAAAAUGACAAUCAAGGAUUCCGAAAAUAAGACUAUUGAGCAGCUUGCUUCUCGCGCUCAAAUACAAACCAUUGCCGAGAAGAAACGGAACCGCCUGUCAGCACGUGCAACGCAAGAUGGUAUGCGAAAAGAAUCCAACAAAGGCGUGGGCGAAAUCGUGAGGCAGAGUCCACAUUCGAAGAAAAAUACAGAGAGACAUCCUCUAAAGAGCGAUGAUCCAGCCAAGCCCUCUAGCCGUGGAUCUUCUUACUUCAAAUCUCUUGAUUUCUUCCAGCAAAAUUCUUCCAAGCGAGAAUAUAGCACUCUCGCGCCAGCCCUGGGCAGAAUCAAAGAUUGCAGCCAGCUUGAUGCUACACUUGAACAGUCAUCCGAUCUCAAUCUUUCGGCCACCGGGACCGCCUCACCAUCGACGGGAGAUGCAGCUCCACCCAGCGGAAUGACACCACCCCAGUUCUGGAGUCACAGUUCACAGCGGGGGCCAAAUGGUCAAAAGCCUAUCGUCCACUACUGCCGGUCCCUGGAAAGCACAGAAGAAGUUGCCCAACUAUUCCUCAACAGCAAAGUCAUCGGCUUUGACAUGGAGUGGAAAGCACAAGCAAGUGCUUACGACACGAUCCAAAACAAUCUCUCCAUGAUCCAAAUUGCGAACGAAGAACGCAUCGGAUUAUUCCAAAUCGCCCUUUUCAAGCCAGCGCGUACACUAGACGACUUCGUCGCGCCUUCACUCAAGCGUAUCCUCGAGUCGGAAGAUGUCACAAAGGUUGGCGUCUCGAUCAAAGCGGACGCAACGCGUCUCCGCAAAUUCCUCGGCGUCGACACCCGCUCUAUCUUGGAGCUUAGUCAUUUGUUCAAGCUUGUGAAGCACGGCCACGCGGCUCCGAAGUUGGUUAACAAGCGAAUGGUCAAUCUUAGUGAGCAAAUGGAGGAGCAUUUCGGAUUACCUCUUGAGAAGAGUGAGGAUGUGCGCUGUGGCGAUUGGGCCCGUCCGUUGAAUUACCGCCAAGUACAGUACGCUGCAACCGACCCUUACGCUUGCAUUUGUCUUUUCAACACCAUGGAGCAAAAGAGGGUGGCUAUGGAUCCGAUGCCGCCUCGCCCUGCGCAUGCAGAACUCAAUCUACCUAUUCUUCUCCCUCAAGAGAAAUUGGCAAGUGGUGAAGAGAAGUAA